CUACGAGACUUAAGAUUAGUCAAAUAAUUUAGUAAUUUCACUAUUGAAGGGAAAAAAAAGGAAAAUUGUUUAUUUUUUUGUGUGGAGUAGGCAUAAAAUAGGAAAAAUGCCGCUACAAGUGAUUGACGACUAUUCUAAUCCUAAUGUUAACAACUCGUGGUUGAAUUGGUGCCGAUUAUGUGCUAAACAGCAAGAAGAAGAUGCGGAGGUUUUAAAUGUGUUCAAUAAAAAUGAACCAGCAAAUACCACUCUGGCGACAAUUAUAGGAAAGUACUUCUGGGUAAAUAUUAAAAGAGAAGAUCAUAUAUCAACAUGCCUUUGUCAGGAUUGCUACACAUUGAUAGAAGAACUUGUCGCUUUUACGGAGCAUGUGAACAAAGUACAAACAAUGUUUUAUCAACUGGAUACUCAAAAAUCUGUCACGUUAGCUGAAGCCCAAGAAGUACGCCGGAAGUGCGGUCUUUUUGAUGAGAAGUGGCAACAUAUUGUACACAAGCGUAGAUCUAAAAAUCACUAUGAAGUUGAAGACGAUGAGCUGCAUUAUAUUAAUGCUGAAGAGGCAUUAGGUGAAGAAGAAGGCGAAGAAGUCGUUGUUGAAGAAAGUGGAAACAUGCAAGUGACGGAACUUGUGGUGAAUGAGGAAGAAAUCAAUGUAGAAGAACAGAACCAGAGUGAAGAAGAGGAAAUUUAUGAGUAUGAUAUGAUUGAAUUUAAGACGGAACAAGAAGAAAUCCAUGAAACUAAAAAAUGUUUAGCAUUGAAACGUAAAAAUAUUGACGAACAACCCGCUGUUGAGGAAAAGGAAGACAAUGAUUCGCUUAAGGAAUUCAAUUGUAAAAAUGACCAUGAUAUAGGACAACAGCAAAAUAAAAAACUUAAGCUACCUUUCGAAGAUCAACAUGUAGUUACCAGUGAUGAUGGCAUUUUAACAAACGAAAAAAAAGCAAAGAAUCCAGAAGGAGAAGAAGAGGAGUACAUAUAUUUCGAUGAAGAAAGUAAAUCUAAUGCAGACAAGUCAGUUCCGGAUGACCUCGGUUUGUUAUUAAAACAACGGCCUAGAGGUCGUCCAACAAAUUCAUCCAGAGGCUAUCAAUCAACCUAUCGCUACGCUUGUGAGGCUUGUAAACGCAAAUAUAAGAAUCCAAAUAUUUAUCGUAAACACAUGGAAACAAAACAUAAAGUAAAAAUCGAUCAAUUACCAGAUUUUGUAUGCAGUGUGUGCAAUAAAGAUUGCCAAACGGAAAGCAAUUUAAAGAAACAUAAGCGUCAGCAUAUGUCCACUGAAGAGAAACUCAUCAUACCUUGCCCGUAUUGUGGCCGGAAAUUUUCCCAAAUGAAUGCAAUGCGCGUGCACGUAAACGCCAUUCAUCAUCAAUUAAAACCUUACAUUUGCGAUCAAUGUGGCCGUGCGUGCAAAACGUUAGCGGGUCUCAAUGAACAUCAACUGGUGCAUACGAACGAAUGUCCAUUUGAAUGUGAAGUAUGCAAGAGUCGUUUUAAAAAUAAGGCACGAUUAAAGUGUCACAUGGACAUUCAUACGGAUACAACAAUUAUUUGUCCAGAUUGUGGUCUUAAAUUAAAUACCCGCCGUACUUAUUUAGCUCAUCGUCUUGUGCAUUCGGAUGUGAAACGUUAUAAAUGCGAGUUUUGCGAUGCAGCGUUUAAACGUUCCAAAGCCUUCAAAAACCAUUUGAUCUUGCAUACAGGCAUGCGACCGUACAAGUGCAACUUCUGUGACAAAACUUUUUCCAAUGGAUCCAAUUGUCGUUCACAUAAGAAAAAAACUCAUCCCAAAGAAUUGGCCGAGUUGGAGGCAAAGGGGCAAAAGUCACUCCCGGUCACCGUACCUAGAUUGGAGGAUUUAAAAUCUGUAAAAAAUGUGGUUGCGCAGCCCCGUAAGACAAAACGCCAGGGUGAAGACUUAUCAAAUCGACUACGUACUUUGCUUAAAUCGUCAGAAGAAAAAGCAAAAGCGGAUGAAACUGAGAUUAUUGAAGAUGACCCUGAUGAUAAUGAGACAAGCACUGAACAUUACGAUCAUUAUGAAAUGUAUGAUGCAAUUGAAGAAAGUGAAGAAACCGAUAAUGGCGAUAACUUUGAGGACGGUGAAGGCGAAACGGUUGUUUAUCAAAUUAUUGAUGUGAUUUAAAAUUCUUUUCUUAUAUAUGUAUGAAUGCUUUUUGUAUUUCCGGUCAUUGGAAGUUUAUUUGUUAUUACGGUCCUAAUGCUCAGUUCAGCUUUCCAUACCAUGCUUUCUGAUGGUCUUGUUAAACAAUUUGUAAUAACGCGAAGGUUAGCUAACGGGUUUGCGACACAGCGAAUGCUACCAUCUUUUCCGUUCUUAGUUUUUGUAAUAAUAUUAUUUUAUACUUGUGGAUAUUUUUCGCCUAUGGUUCAAGUUGCCUGGAAACAUUAUAAUAAAAUUCAAAAUUAAUAUUGGGUAUUGUUUUUAGUUUCAAUGCUCAUUAAAUUUAUAUAAAAGUUAAAACGAAUUAAAUUGUAUAUUGUAAACAGUAAAUUAAUGCUAUGCUAUUGAGUGAUGGAAAAUUAUACUUUAAUAUAAAGUUUUUAUACAAAAACCUUUGUUUGGGCGUCAUUCUAAGAAGUUGAAAUUAUGCUAGAAAUGUACAUGAUGCGUGUGCAUUGUGUAAACAAUAAAAAAUUAAAUCAGUCGCUAGACCUUUUUUUACGUAGAAUUGUUUCAUCUCUGCUAGGGCCAAUGGCAUCAAACUUUUAUGUAAGGUCUUUAUAAGAAAUUGUAUAAAAUAAAUAAAAUAUAUUUAUGCUAUAAAA